AUGUAUGGACUUGCAUUACUUUUCAGUAUAUUCUCCCUCAUGUCAGGGAGGGUUUUAUCAAAUGAAAAUGGUUUUAUAUGCCAAUGUUACUGUUCAGUUUCACAAUAUAUUUUUGAAAAUGGGAAGAUGAGUUUGGACUCUGUUGAAUAUUUUGCGGAUAUUAAACCGAUACUUUUAAAUUCUUCAGGAAAGGAAGGUAUCGUGGAAUUUUCUGAUAAUCAGCCAAAAUUGAGAUCAUUAAAUGGUGCAGUUUCUGAAUAUAGAACGGGAACAAUAGCAUUAUGGAAUUCGGAAUUUGACUUGAAGUCCCUUUCAUCACUGGACAGGCCAAGUGGGGAUCAUUCUAUGAUUGAUAUGGUUUCGUCAUUUGACGAGAUCUUUUUGAAUGUAAACCGUAUUCCAAAAUCUGCUAUGUCUGUUGGUAGUAAAUCUCCAGCUAUUUUAAUAUUCAAAAAUAGUGAAGAGGAAAGUGCAUUUGAUGACGAGGAUUACCGUCAAAAAUAUUGUGAGAGUGCUUGCCAGAGGCCAAUUUCCAGGUUAAAUAAGUACUCUUAUUCCAAGACUGAAUUUGUUGAAUUAUCAUACAGAGGGAACAUUUUUAAUCAAUACCCAGCUAGAGACUCUAGCUACUAUUCAGGUUUAGAAGAAUCUAUUAGAAACAAUUCUAAAAAGGGAAGAUGUGAGACAAUUGCUUCUUCAAUGAUUGGUACUGAGACUGCUUGGCAUUUAAUAUUUGAAAGUAUCAGAAAGGAGAAAACUGAGCAACUUCUUAAAGAGAAAUUUGUUCAGAUGUACCCAGUUGUAUCCAGAAGUGUUUCUUCGCCUGUAUCCAUUGAGCUUACAGCUUCUUCCAAGGUUGAUUUUUCAAACACUGCUACAGCAAGAGUUAAAACCUUCGAGAGAUUCAUGAAGAAGAACCACAAAAUCAACUUUUUCGAUUUACCAGAAAAUAUCCCAACUAUUCUUGAGCAACAAAUUUCCCCACUAUUCCAAUUCAGAGCCAAGUUAUACUUAGAAGGUAAUAUUUGGAAGGUCAGUGAGAUUUAUUCUGGUUCUGAGACAUUAUCUCACGAUUAUUCUUAUGAAUUUUUGAACCUUUUACUUUCAGAUGAAGAAGUUCACCGUUUAACUGCUUCCCACAAGGAGAUUGUUGAGGCAUGGGCCGAGAAGUUUUGGAAUUCAGACCAUGCUGAGACCCAUGUGGUUUUACCAGCUCCAUUAGAAUCUUUAGAAGAGAUUUCGAGGAAGGAUGAUAAGCUUGAGGACUUAGAAAGAUGGAUUAGGGCCAAAGAACGCCAGGUCAGACUUUCUAAUGGUGAUAUUCCAAUUUCUCUUUUGCAUUUUGCAAACAAAAAAAUAACCCAUCGCUUUUCAAUGAAUAAUCACGAACAAACUGAUUUGACAGAUGAGAUCCCUAGCAUUCAUGGAAAUACACCAGAAGAUGAUCAAUAUGAAAUUGAAGAGUCUGAUUCUCCAAUUAAACAAGGAGAAGAGCUCCACGUAAUUUAUUAUGGUUUACUCACUUUAAACUGCUUCACUCAUAGAACUCAAGGUGAAUCUGCUGAAAGCUUCCAUCAAUCCAAUAUGGUAGCAUUCAACAUCUUCCCAGACUCUUUAUUGAGAAAAGAUGGUGAUAACUCAUUUAGAAGAAUACAAAUCCCGAAGAAUGAGAAAAGAUGGAAAGUUAUUGGUGAAGUAUUUGAUAGUGAGAAUUCUAUCCAUAAUUUGAUCAGAAACUCUUCAUACAGCUUUGUAUUACAACUUGCAAAGCAUAAUCCUCAAUUAUACUUAAUAUUGUUCAGAGAUUUGAAGCAUAUUUUUGGCUUCAAUAAUCCAAAAAUUUUCUCAUUGAAUACUUGUCGUGUGCCAGUUGCCAAGCAUCAUGUUGAGAUCAUCUCCGAAAAUGAAAACACUUUGCAGAAAUCCAUAAAUAAGGUCUUAUUCGCAGAUCCAUUCCAUAAUAUUUCCACAACCAAAAUCAGAUUUUCUGAUGUUAAUCACUUUAACUCCCUUGUUAAUACAAUGUCAAAGUGUUUGGGUGUAGUACCUCCAACUGCUAGAAUUAGAGUAAAUGAUCACUUUAAACAUCCACGCUCAGUUGUUAGUGACUAUGUCUGUGCUGUAGAUGGAGAAAGUCAAAACUAUUUACUCCAGUUAUAUUCCAAGUACAAUAUUAACUGA